AUGGCGUCAUUGGCAGCUUGGCAGGGCGUGGACUCCAUGAGGAGCGUCGCCGCAGAUGAAUAUGAUGUAUUGCAGAGGCCUUCUGUGAAACCCAGCGGGGACCCUGUCAAGACUUUCGAGACUGAAGAAGGGGACGUGAUAGACUGUGUUCACAUCUAUGCUCAACCUGCCUUUGAUCAUCCUCUGCUUAAGGAUCAUGUCAUCAAGGUUUUCCCUGCCAAGUUUUCCGAUUCGCAAACAAGAUUUUACACCCAUUGGCAGGCUAAUGGUACAGCUGGUUGCUUCAACUUGGAUUGUCCAGGCUUUGUACAAGUGAGUCCCCAACUAGUCUUUGGUGGAGCACUGCCGGUUUCUACCUAUGAAGGAGAUCAAGUUCAGAUUCUAGUUUGCAUUUUCAGGGGCGAUGAUGCUAAUUGGUGGCUGCUCUUCGAUAACGUGCUAGCAGGGUACUGGCCGAACUCACUGUUCACUUACCUGGGCUUGUCGACCACCGCGGCGGAAUGGGGAGGUGAGAUCUUGAACACAGCGGCAGGGAGGAACCGCACCACAACCCAGAUGGGGAGCGGCCACCCUUGGAUUGAAGACUAUGGACGGGCCGCCUUCAUAUCAGGCAUCAGCUGCAUCGACGAGGAAGGCUUUGCCGAGGAUCCAGUCACCGUCACCUCCUUCGUUACCAAUGAGGGCUGCAAUCAAGUGGGCAAUUACUCGAAUCUGAAACACGAACUGUUCUUUGGAGGCACAAACGACAGCUCUCUCUGCUUUUAG